GUUUAUCUGCUUGUUUAAAUUGUCUUAGUUUUGCUUUGAUUCAUAUUUUUACAUUUACCGAAAAAAACAAGUUAUACAACAGGGAAUUGCUGUGGAAAUCCAGGUCCUAAAGUCCGUCGUGUAUCGGCUGCACGGCUGGCCAAACGAUUCAUCUGUGGCGGGGGGUUUAAAUCCUUUGGCAGGAUGAAAAAAGUUUUGUUAGAACAAGGAUAAUUUUUGUUUAAACCAAACAGUUUCUCCAGUUUUUGAGUUUUUUUCGCAUAUCAGAUAUCCUAAGAAUAAGACUUGGUAUUUUUGCUGAACCUAAAAACAACACAGACUGCCACAACAAUCGGACUCAAAGUAUUACAAAGGUUACAAAGGCUUGUCCGGUGAAGUAAUGGUCGUAAAUACAGUUCACUGGUUUAGGAAGGGCUUGCGGCUCCACGACAAUCCUGCCCUCAAAGAGUCCAUGCGGGGAGCGGAUACUGUACGCUGUGUCUACAUCCUUGAUCCCUGGUUUGCAGGCUCGUCCAACGUCGGAAUCAACCGGUGGAGGUUCUUGUUACAGUGUCUGGAAGACCUGGAUACUAGCCUACGCAAACUUAACUCUCGUUUGUUUGUAAUAAGAGGACAGCCUACAGAUGUCUUUCCCAGACUGUUCAAGGAGUGGAACAUCACUCGACUGUCUUAUGAAUAUGACUCUGAGCCAUUUGGUAAGGAACGAGAUGCAGCUAUUAAGAAGCUGGCCAGUGAAGCCGGAGUGGAGGUGACCGUACGCAUCUCCCACACGCUUUAUGAUCUUGACAGGAUCAUAGAGCUGAAUGGCGGCCAGUCUCCACUCACCUACAAGCGCUUCCAGGCCCUCAUCAGCAGGAUGGAGGCGGUCGAGACUCCGACUGAGGCAAUCACAGCAGAAAUCAUGGGUUCCUGUGAAACGCCUCUUUCUGAUGACCAUGAUGAGAAGUUUGGGGUUCCCUCCCUGGAGGAGCUUGGAUUUGACACUGAGGGGCUGUCCUCAGCUGUUUGGCCCGGAGGAGAGACUGAGGCUCUGACACGCCUGGAGAGGCAUCUGGAGAGAAAGGCAUGGGUGGCUAACUUUGAGCGUCCCAGAAUGAAUGCCAACUCCCUGCUGGCCAGUCCCACUGGCCUCAGCCCCUACUUGAGGUUUGGUUGCCUCUCGUGUCGACUCUUCUACUUCAAACUUACUGACCUGUACAGAAAGGUGAAGAAAAACAGCACGCCUCCUCUCUCGCUCUAUGGCCAGCUUCUGUGGCGUGAGUUCUUCUACACAGCUGCCACCAACAACCCACGCUUCGACAAGAUGGAGGGCAACCCCAUCUGCGUGCAGAUCCCAUGGGACCGUAAUCCCGAGGCCCUGGCUAAGUGGGCCGAGGGCAGGACGGGCUUCCCUUGGAUUGAUGCCAUCAUGACUCAGCUGAGGCAGGAGGGCUGGAUCCAUCACCUAGCUCGCCAUGCCGUAGCCUGCUUCUUAACUCGAGGUGAUCUGUGGAUCAGCUGGGAGGAGGGCAUGAAGGUGUUUGAGGAGCUGUUACUAGAUGCAGACUGGAGUGUAAAUGCAGGCAGCUGGAUGUGGUUGUCCUGCAGUUCUUUUUUUCAGCAGUUUUUUCACUGCUACUGCCCAGUGGGUUUUGGCCGCCGCACAGACCCCAACGGUGACUACAUACGGCGAUACUUACCUGUCCUGAGGGGAUUUCCUGCCAAAUACAUCUAUGACCCCUGGAAUGCUCCAGAAAGUGUGCAGAAGUCGGCCAAAUGUGUGAUCGGUGUGCACUACCCCAAGCCCAUGGUGCAUCAUGCUGAGGCCAGCCGUCUCAACAUAGAACGUAUGAAACAGAUCUACCAGCAGCUGUCCUGUUACCGUGGACUGGGAUUACUGGCUAUGGUGCCAUCCAGCCCCAAUGGCAAUGGGGAAAACUCAAGCAUGAUGGGAAUGCCUGCAGCAGAUGGGAUCCAGGAGGCUGCUUUAUCAUCUGGGUUCCAGAUGCCUGCCAUUCCUCAGAGGGAGUGGAACAGUAGUGUGAUGAUGUACCCUAAAGGAGAGACACAACCAAGCAGCAGCACACAACAUGGGCGAGGGCACAAUUCCAGCUCUGUUCAGACCUCUGGGAAACGCCACAUCGAGGAUUCUGAUCAUGGCACAGGCUCAAAAGUCCAGAGGCAGCAUAGUCCUUAAACAGGUUUUCAGAUGUGGGUACAGUGACCAGGAGUAGCUGAAGUCCUGCCAGUGGGUGGAAGAUGUAUAAAUGUAAUCUAUAUAUUAUUAGCUGAGAGUAAGGGUUGGUACUAUUUGUGCAGCAUGAUCUUUGUAAGCACCUCUUCACGUUUGUGAUAGUCAGUCCAUUAUUAUUUGGACUGCCCCUUAACUGAAGCCAGCAUUUUAGCCACCUUUGGAAAAUAAGAGAUUCCCCAUUACAAUGUUCUUUCCUCAUUAAGUGAGUGUUAGGACUUCUGUUGGGACAGAAAUCUGUGUAUAUAAGAAUUUGUUAAAUACUCACAUACAGACUGUAUAUUUGCUGUUGUAUGUCCUCUCUUUAUUUCAAGUAGUCCUCGACCCACUGAUAUAUUUUUGAUAUAAAUUAUCAUUGUGAAUUUGUAAUCAGUUCUUUGUAAAAAUAUUACAUUUUUAAAAAAGCAUUUGUAGACAGUUCUUAUGUUAAGGAUAAGGAUUCUGUCUGUGUCUGUCUACCCCAUGUCUUUUUCUCUCUUUAUCUAGAUUCCAUUCCAUGACUGUAAAAUCCAUUACAACUCAUUAUUCUGCAGUGUCUGUUGUCAGUAAUUUGGCUCUCCAUUAGGCUGCGUUCAAAUGGACAAAAACCCUGUUGAUCUGCAAGAUUGUGUUUUAAACCACAACCACAUACAAAUCACUAAAACAUGUUAAUUAGUAUUAAAAAUAUGAUGUACGGUACGAUGUAAAUUGGGUUACAGUCAGAGAUGCUUGUAAGGUAAUGCCUUUAUGUGUGUAUAUAUGUAUAUAUUGGAAAUAUUCAACUUCCCCUCACACUUAAAUAAAUUAUGGUGAUGUGUAUAGAGUUGAAUGACGAUAUCCAAUAAAUAGUAAACAAACAAUACGUAUGGAUUCAAGCAAUUUUGAGAACAUACGUUGACAGAACCGAGUUGAAAUGAAAAACAUCUUGUUCUUCUGACAACUGUCCAUGUGCACUAUUAUUCAAUCCCCAGUCUUAGUAGUUAAUGGACCAUCUUUUUUGUCUUGAUAACCUGUAACCUCACCUCUCAAAGCUCAUUGAGAUUUGCUGGCUUCCAUGUAACAAUUGCAUACUUUAAAUCUUACCAAAAUUUUCUAUUGGAUUUAAAUCUGGAGACUGAGAACCCCAGGAUAUUCCAGGACUAAUUCCAAGCUUUGGUGGACUUAAAAGUAGCUGGAUAGUCCAAUUAUCACCAAGGUUUAAUUUCACCACACAGGGCAAAACAUUCCUCCUCAAAUGUGUUAAUACUUCUGUGACUCCAUAAUGCCAGUCACUUGGCCAAGAUUAGCAGUUCCUGCAGCAGGAAAACAUCCCCACAUCAUCAGUGACCCACUUCCAUGCUCCACUGUGGGAACAGCAUUCUUCUGGUCAUGAGCAUUAUUUUUCUUGUGCUAGACAAACCACUGAUUCAUGUGGCCAAACAGUUCCAGUUUGGUUCAUCACAGUUUGAUUCAUCACUUGAUUAAGUGAUCUUAUAGUUGCCACUCACAUGCCUUAGUCAGGUCAUACUGUAAGUCUUUUGCAGUAACACAGGGUUUUCUUAGUUGUCCUGAUAACAUUGCCAUAAGUUUAGAACUUCUGUACAAUAAUCCUAAUCGUGUCUCUAGGAAUGUUAAAGGUCUUGGAGAUCUUUUGGCAGCUCCAUAGUUUUCACAUCUCUGGGUGACGUCACAGCUGAAGCAAAUUAAGGGUUGUUAUUUAGUUCCUAAUAUUGUAACCCAACUUUAGGUCAUACAGACUAGCAGCAGGCUUGAAGAUCAAUAUUAGGUUGGGGUUGAAUUAUAGUGACAUCGCAUAUAUCAUAUAUCACAUGUUUUCACACUUUUUUUGAUGCAAGGCCAUACUUUGGUGUAUGUCUUUCAAUGCAUCAUUUUCAUUCAAACUGAUGACACUGUUCAUUUUGACUGAUGCCAAGAAUGUCUAUGUAAAAGCAGCCUCACUCCUCUCUGCUCUUAUUGCAUGUUAACACGGUGUUUUUCAAUCUGGUAUUUCAGCUUUGUCUUAUAUAUAUGUGUCAAAAUUGUAAUUAAGAUCAGCGUGUUACCAUCACGUUGUGCUUCUUGUCCAUUUGUGUGCUUGUUUAAUUAAUAAAAGUCUAUGAACAGCAA